ACAAUCUCCCUUCUCGGAUUUCAUGAUAGUCAAUUGAUUUUCAUUUUUCAAAUCAAAAACUAUGGGCAAAAAGAAGGUCCUCGUGAGUUAUGGCGUUGACAUCGAUGCCGUUGCUGGCUGGCUUGGAUCUUACGGAGGGGAAGACUCUACGAGCGACAUUAGCAGAGGUCUUUGGGCUGGAACAGUAGGAACCCAGCGUCUACUGAAGCUCUUUGAUAAGUACAAUAUCAAAGCAACAUGGUUCAUCCCUGGCCAUUCUCUUGACACCUUUCCCGAAGACUGCGCGGCGGUCCGUGACGCAGGUCACGAGAUUGGUCUUCAUGGCUACUCUCACGAAAAUCCGGCGGAUAUGACUUUUGAGCAGCAACGUGAUGUUCUCGACAAGACCUACAAACAACUCACCGCCUUCUGCAAUGGUAAACCACCUCGUGGUUCCGUAGCACCUUGGUGGGAAACUUCGAAAGAAGGCACUGAGCUGCUGCUGAGCUAUGGUAUCGAAUACGACCAUUCCAUGUCGCAUGAAGACCACCGCUGCUACUGGCUACGCACGGGCGACUCAUGGACGAAGAUUGACUACAGCAAAAAAGCCGAGGAGUGGAUGAAGCCUCUAGUCAAAGGACAGGAGACAGGUCUUGUAGAGAUCCCGGGAUCUUGGUAUAUCGAUGAUCUCCCACCGAUGAUGUUCAUGAAGAAGAGCGCAAACUCUCAUGGCUGGGUGAACCCAAGGGAUGUUGAACAGAUAUGGAUGGAUCAUUUUGAUUACUUCUACCGCGAGUACGAUGAGUUUGUUUUCCCCAUGACAAUCCAUCCGGAUGUUUCGGGCAGGCCACACGUUGUGCUGAUGCAUGAAAGGAUUAUCGAGCAUAUCAACAAGCAUGAGGGUGUGGAAUGGGUGACAAUGGAGCAGAUGGCAGAUGAUUUCAAGAAGAACAACAAGGUACCCGAGGGUGCCAUGAUGCCGGCCCCACGGGGUGAGAUUUUGAAGUUGCAGAAAGAGGGCAAGGCGUACUCGCUGGUUGAUUACGACGGCCCUAUGCCGCAGUAGUACCAAUAAGAUGCUGAAACGAUCA